AUGGAGAUUCCACCACCUCCCUAGGAAAUGACAGUGCAAGAUGUUCCUCAUGCCUUCCCUACGCUGGAUGUUUCAGACCAUGCUCAUUACACAAUUGGAACUGUCAUUCUGGUGGUGGGGAUCACCGGAGCACUGGGUAACUUCCUCGUCAUCUAUGCUUUCUGCAGGAGUAAGAGUCUUCGAACUCCAGCCAACAUGUUCAUCAUCAAUCUAGCUAUUAGCGACUUCUUAAUGUCCAUCACACAGGCUCCAAUUUUCUUUGCUACCAGUCUCCACAAGCACUGGAUCUUUGGCAAAAAAGGUUGUGAGCUUUAUGCCUUUUGCGGAGCCCUUUUUGGCAUCACAUCCAUGAUCACACUGAUGGCAAUUGCACUGGACAGAUAUUUUGUGAUCACACGACCCUUGGCCUCCAUUGUGGUGAUGUCGAAGAAGAAGGCUUUGAUAAUCCUGCUAGCAGUCUGGCUGUACUCUUUGGCUUGGAGCCUUCCACCCUUCUUUGGAUGGAGUGCUUAUGUUCCUGAGGGUUUGUUAACUUCCUGCUCCUGGGACUAUGUGACCUUUACUCCAUCAGUCCGUGCCUAUACAAUGCUCCUCUUCUGCUUUGUCUUCUUCAUUCCUCUAAUUGCCAUCAUAUAUAGUUAUGUCUUUAUCUUCAAGGCUAUCAAGAAUGCCAACAUGGCUGUUCAGAACAUUGGCUCUGAUGGUAAUAAAGUAUCCCAGAGACAGUAUCAGAAGAUGAAGAAUGAAUGGAAAAUGGCCAAAAUUGCAUUGAUUGUCAUCUUGCUUUUCGUCAUUUCCUGGUCACCAUAUUCUGCUGUAGCUCUGGUGGCUUUUGCUGGGUAUUCCCAUCUCCUGACACCAUUUAUGAACACCAUACCAGCUGUGAUCGCCAAAGCUUCUGCUAUUCACAACCCCAUCAUUUAUGCCAUAACUCAUCCCAAAUACAGAAUGGCCAUUGCAAAGUAUGUGCCAUGCCUUCGACCCUUGCUAAGAGUUUCUCGUAAAGACUCCAGGUCUUACAGCAGGUAUCUCUCAACUAGACAAUCCACUAUAACCAGCCAGUCUGAGAUAAGUGGACUGCAGAAGGGAAAGAAAUGGAAAUCCUCUCUCUCAGAAAGUGAAUCAGGCUGGACUGAAACAGAAGCUGAUGUCGUUUGUGUGAUCUCCAGACCAGCCAAUAAACUGGUUUCCUAUGAAAUAGGCAAAUAUGCUGCCGAAACCAAUGACACAAAAGCCAAAUCCAAAAUGAAAAGGCAUGAUUCUGGGAUUUUUGAGAAGACAUCUGAAGAUGCUGAUGACAUUUCCAUGGUAGAGCUGAAUGUCAGGGAUUGCAGUUCCUCUCCCGUUACAGGUGAGAGCCUGAAGGGGACUGGACUACGAAAAGGAGAGUCUCACUGUAAGCCAUCUGCAGCCCAGAUACCCAGCAUUAUAGUAACAUACAGCAAUGUCCAGGAAAUAGAACAACCUUCUGAAUUUGGUUCUGGCCUCCAGUUCCUUAAGAACAGUAGCCUUGUCCAGGAUAAGGACUACAGCAGUCGGCUGAAUAAACUGCACCCAGGUGAUGACUUAGCCAGGAUCUCAGGAGAAACCACAGCUCAGCUGAGUGAGGAAGACUUUCCAAAACAGCUCUGA